GCUCAGUGUGAAGAAAGUUCUUUUCUUUUCCGAUAAUGUCACUCCCUCCCAACGAUUCUGCUUUCAGGGUUCUUUCUUUUUAUCUCAUUAUAAGGUUCCUUUAUUCUAAGGAGCGCAUAUUUUUGUUGCGCCUCUUCUUUCUGACUCUGUUUUUCCUCUGUUUUCUGAAUCCCUUCGAGAAAAAUCAGUAAGAAGAGGAGGAGGAGGACGACGACGAAGAAGAAGGGAUUGUUGACAACAUGAAGGCCUAUUUCAAGUACAGUUGGCUCUUGUUCUUCACCAGAAAGUACAAGAGCAACGAUCUGGUUCCACCUCGGGACCUCAAGGAGGUCUUUUCCGACUUUGCUGGCGGUGGGUCCCGCAUGUCCGUCGAACAGUUCCGGCGUUUCCUGGUAGAGCACCAAGGCCACGUGGACUGCACCGUGGCGGAAUCGGAGGUUAUCGUGGAGAAGGUCCUGAAAGCACGAGAGGGGAAUCGCGAAGCUACUCCUAAUGAUGACGAUGAUCAGCGGCAUACUGAACAACAUGGACUCGCUCUCGAUGACGUCUUCCAUUUUCUGCUUCUUGAUGAUUUCAACGGUCCUUUGAAUUCUGAGGUUCAUCAUGACAUGGAAGCUCCGUUGUCACACUAUUUCAUAUAUACAGGGCACAAUUCGUAUCUUACUGGGAAUCAAUUGAGCAGUGAUUGUAGUGAAGAACCGAUCAUAAAGGCUCUGCAACGAGGCGUGAGGGUCAUCGAACUAGAUUUAUGGCCUACUUCCAAUAAAGAUGAUAUCAAAGUAGAUCAUGGAUGGACUCUUACCAAUCCUGUUUCACCCCAUAAAUGUCUGGAGGCCAUAAAGAAACAUGCUUUUGUUAAAUCUGAGUACCCAGUGAUUAUAACUAUAGAAGACCACCUUACAAGAGAUCUUCAAGCUAAAUUUGCAGAGAUGGUAACUCAAAUACUUGGAGAAUCGCUAUAUUAUCCUCAGGCAGAACGUUUGACAGAAUUCCCAUCACCAAAAUCAUUGAGAAAUAAAAUAAUUAUAUCCACCAAACCUCCAAAAGAACAUCGUCAUAAAAGUAUUGAAGAUAGAGGCGACAACUAUGUGCAGGAUGCAAGUGAAUCGUCUGAAGAAGAAACAUCAUGGGGUCAGGAGUCAACUGACUUUAUGGCUGAACCAGAGACUGAAGACAAGAAUGGAAGUGACAAAGAAGAGGGAGAUUCAAAUGCAAGUGAUCAUCAUAGGUCAGAUCAACAGGAUUCACCUGACUACAAACGCUUAAUCACAAUCUAUGCAAAGAAACUCAAGGGCAGCUUAAAGGAUAAAUUGAAGAUUGAUAAGGAAGUUAGACGCCUAAGUUGGAAUGAGCAGACACUUGAAAGGGCUUCUGAAUCUCAUGGAACUGAUAUUAUAAGGUUCACACGGAAAAAUAUCCUCAGGGUAUACCCAAGAGGGACGCGUGUCCAAUCCUCAAAUUUCAAGCCACAUAUUGGGUGGAUGUAUGGGGCUCAAAUGGUGGCAUUUAAUAUGCAGAAGCAUGGCAAGAAGCUCUGGCUAAUGCAGGGAAUGUUCAGGGCAAAUGGAGGGUGUGGUUAUGUGAAAAAACCUGAAAUAGUGAUGCAAAAUCUUCCAAAUGGAGAACUGUUUGAUCCUAAAAGGACAUUGCGAGUGAAAAAGACAUUAAAGGUAAAAGUGUACAUGGGACAUGGCUGGAGCUCAGAUUUCAGUCCCACCCACUUUGAUAAGUUCUCUCCACCAGAUUUCUACACAAAGAUCUGUAUUGUUGGGGUGCCAGCUGAUUGUGCCAAGAAGAAAACAGGGGUAAUAAUGGACAACUGGUUUCCUGUUUGGGAAGAGGAAUUUGAAUUCCCUCUUACUGUUCCAGAGCUUGCAUUGCUUCGGAUAAUAGUGAGGGAGAAAGACCAGGGAAAGGAUGACUUUGGUGGGCAGACAUGUUUGCCGGUCUCAGAGCUGAGAGUGGGAUUUCGUUCAGUCCCUUUGUAUAACGAAAAGGGAGAGAAAUAUAAAUCUGUAAAGCUUUUCGUGCGGUUUCAGUUCAUUGACCAAGAAAAUGCAUUUUCAGUAGAAUGAAUUUAUAGAUGAUAGUACGCAUUGAGUUCAUGAUUCAAGUGUGAUUAGAAUUUGGCUUCAUUUUAGCAGCUUCUGUAAAGAAGAAUUGCAUACAGCUUUUCCUUUAACUUUCAACUGAUUCCCUCUGAAGGGUCCUCAAGUUAUGAGAAAUUACCUGAUGAUUUUGACGGGUAUGAAAAUUUGAGCCGUUGUUGUUUGGCUCAGCAUCUGCCAUGUACAAAACAUUCUGAUAAUCUGGAUGGAAAAAAGUGAAAUAUUCGAAAUAUAUGAACGUAAGUGCACGUA